AUGGUAGUUUGGAGUGAUGAAGAUGACUCCAAUGAUGAAGUAGCCAACUUAUGCCUUAUAGCCAUCAAUGAAGAUUCAAUGGCUUCCAUUUCUGUUUCUCGAGCUUCACCUCCAAAUCCAACUUCCACCUUGCUACGUCAUUUUAUCGUCUCGGAUUCUGUUUAUAGCAAAAACCAAUUGGGAGGCCAACAUUUUGAUGCUUAUGGCUCCGCUUUGAGAAGCAACCACAACACAUUUCCUCAGUCCCUGGGUUUAUUGCCCAGCAUUCAUUCUCUUGGCGAAAGAAUGUCCAGAUCAAUGGAUCUCCUUCAAGCUCCCAUUGUAACAAAGGAAUCGGAGAUUAGCCAGACCAGACACUUGAUGGACCUUCUUGGAGCAGCUAACGAGACCAACCACCAAACUCAAAGGCUCUCACUGCCUCUGGGUUCUCACAUGCUUGGUCCUUCCUUAAAUUUUGGUAUUGCAAGUUCUAGUUACUUGCUCUCGGAGGCAGAAGAUAGAGAAGUUUGCAAUCCUGGAGUAGGAAAUGCAAGGGGUGAUGAUUACUCUUUAACUGCUAACACAUUUUCUUCGGUUUCCACCUCACUGCACCGACCUCUUGCGACUACAUAUGGGUCAGAAUCUUUUGCCACUGCUAUUGAGAAUUCCAGGUAUCUAAAGCCAACUGAGUCCCUUCUUGAUGAAGUUGUCAAUAUUGGUGGCAAAAAUGUCGAUGAAAAUUUCUUUAGGAAGUUAUAUAAAGGUGCCAGGGGAGAGAGUUCAAGAAUUUCCUCCGAAUUAAAGGCAGAAUUCUGCUGUAUUGAGAUACAGCUGCCUGAACACGAGCUCCGAGUUGGGCUCGCAAAGCUAAUUGGAUUACUGGAGGAGGUUGAACUCAGGUACGAGAAAUACUACCAGCAAAUGGAAGAAGUGGUUUCAUCAUUUGAAUCCAUAGCUGGUUUAGGAGCAGAAAAGUCGUAUACUGCUUUGGCACUGCAAGCAAUGUCCAGGCAUUUUGGCAAUCUAAGGGAUGCCAUAGUAUCCCAAAUAAAUGUCACCAGAAGAAAGUUUUUGCAUGAUUUACCCAGAACCAACGCGGGGUUAUCGCAACAUAGCUUGUUCGAUAGAGAUUCAAGGCAGAACCGACAGUCUCUUCAACAACUUGGAAUUAUUACUAGCCAAAGGCAAGCUUGGAGGCCCAUUAUAGGAUUGCCAGAAACCUCAGUAGCAAUCCUUCGGUCUUGGCUUUUCGAACACUUCCUUCACCCUUAUCCCACAGACUCAGAGAAGCUAAUGUUGGCAUCACAGACAGGCCUGACCAAGAAUCAAAUAUCAAACUGGUUUACAAAUGCUCGAGUUCGACUAUGGAAGCCUAUGAUAGAAGAAAUGUACAGAGAGGAGAUUGCAGACUCUUCUCAAGACUCCGAUUCUUCAUUUGCCAACAGUUCCAUUGUCAGGGAAGCAACAACUGAUCAAGCGGAGGACUGAAGCAAUAACAAGCAUCAGUUUAGACUGAAUGAUUUUGUAAACUGCAUUCUUAGACUAUAAUCUGAUCGUUCACAAAUGAUCAGUGAAACUCAUUAGACUCGAAAUACAGUUUUUGAAGCCUAAUAGUGGAACUGUGGAAUUUAGGUCUCUUAGUUUU